CCAAUUCUCAUCUCAACACUCAUCUUCCGUCAAGACUCGCUUUCCGACCACGACCUCCUAAGGCUCGCGAAAGUCUGUCGCCUGUUUAAUGGGGUCGCUAUCCAUGCUGCUCGACGUUUGGCGGGUAUAUCUCUCGCAGACCAAGAGCUGACCAUCUCUCCAUUCCUUCUCCGCAUAUUCUACCUUUCCUUCGUUGGCUUGACCGCUCCCCGAAUCCGCAUCGACUUGAAACCGCCGGCGGAGACCAUACAACAAAACCUGCGUUUGCUCCACAGCCUCAUAAAAAAGUCGCCCGGCCUCGAGCGAAUUGACAUCGACUUCGGUUGCGAUCUGUUUGGCGCUCUGUUGGACAACCCCGAUACGAAAGUUAAUGCCAAAACACUUCUUGCGCAGUGCACUUCGGUCAUCGCGAUUUCCCUCCGAAAAACUCGAAAAAUGCCGCAAAUGGAUCGAGUUGUGGUUUUUACCCCGAUGGAUGCAUUUAGCUGUGAUCCGGAAUCCGUGUCGUCGUGGAACCUUCAUCUUCAUGCUUCACAAUUUUCAUCACCCGACGCAGUGUCGCCCUCGGACUCAUUCUACCGCUCGUUUCUUUCUCAGCGGCUGGGGAACGGCGGCAGCACGAAGGCGAGACUAUAUGGUGGACAACAGACUUAUGUCUCAGGCCUGAAGAAGAUGAAUUCGAUCUGCAUCGAACUCCGAGUCAACGCUCGCAGUCCCAUUGGCGCAUAUAUCCCCUUUGUCAUCUUCAAUCGAGCGAGCAUCUCCAGUGUCUCUUUGUUUGCUCCCGGAUCAAAAUCGCUCCAAGAUGAUGGCACUAUGAUGGCAAUUCUGAGCAAUGUCUACCUCCCGGGCCUUCGAAGCCUCACCAUCUUUUUCAACUUCGCUCAUAUGGUCCUACUCCGCGAGUUCCUUGCCCGCCACCCACUCAUACGCACCCUCAUGUUGUCUGACUGUGGUAUCUCUUCCGAAUUCCAAGGCGUCCGUUUUGCGACCCCCGUGUUCCCGUCUCUCUCCCAUCCUGGGAUCACCAAAAUAACAAUAUCAUGUUAUGGCGAUCGGGACUAUAUGCCUACACUGCUCUCUGACCUGAAGGACUCCCCCAAGUUGGCGGAGCUCGACUACUCCCUCACAAAUCGGCCUUCCAAAAGUCUCUUGCAGCAGUUGGUCAAGGACCUCAAGAUCAUCGCAGGUCUUCCUCGGCCAGUGACGUUGACCCUGUGUUCUCGGACCCAAAGGAACCCAUUUGUGCCGUCGAAGGGUGUAAAAAGACCGUAUUGGUAUACCCAUAAACAAGUGCGAGCUGUCGCGCGGUCGUUGCAUCCCAUUGACAAACUUUGCAUUACUGUGAACUCGGUGCAGGAGGCGCGAAGGAUAUUGUCUUUCGCUGAAUACCUCCCCGCGCUAACCUCACUCCGAUUUAUUGUUUACCGACCCGAUCCAAUGUUGAAGCUGGCGCCGCCCUCAGAUGAUGAAGCCGAGGUCAUAUCACGUGACGACGCCCCAGUCUUUGCGGAAGAGUUCAGAACUAGGUUGGGUGGGGGAGUGCUUGUUGACGUGGAUAUUUACUGA